CAUUCAAUAAUCCACUUUCAAACGAAACGAUUCAACGAAUUUCAUUGAAACGAAACCAACGACCAAACAUUUCCCAUUUUCGUUCUGGAUUCACAUCGCCCGGUUCAAUAUUUCGAUUCGGUUUGUUGCGUAGAGCCUUCUGCAUGUCGCUAACAUUGAUUUGAGCUGAAUUUCGUCGUUUUUUUCGUUUUUAUUUUCGUUACGAUAAAGUGAUCGUUCUCACAUAACCUAAACAUUUUGGCGGCCUAUCCUUUACGGUUACAACAUUUGAUCAAAUGGAAGAUUUCGAGAAAAUUGAAAAAAUUGGCGAAGGGACGUACGGCGUUGUAUAUAAGGGACGAAACAAACUAACCGGUGAAGUAGUUGCGAUGAAAAAAAUUCGACUGGAAUCAGAGGACGAAGGCAUUCCAUCAACUGCUAUUCGUGAAAUAUCGUUGCUGAAAGAGUUGAAGCAUCCGAAUGUGGUGAACCUGAAAGACGUGCUAAUGGAGGAGAGUAGACUGUACUUGAUAUUUGAGUUUUUGUCGAUGGAUCUGAAGAAAUAUAUGGACACAUUGCCGCAAGGGAAAAUGAUGAACCCCGAUCUAGUCCGAUCGUACAUGUACCAAAUAACUUCCGCUAUGUUGUUCUGUCAUCGAAGACGAGUUCUCCAUCGCGAUCUGAAACCACAGAACCUAUUGAUCGACCAAAAAGGCGUUAUCAAAGUAGCCGAUUUCGGUCUGGGCCGUUCAUUUGGCAUCCCCGUUCGCGUGUACACCCACGAAAUUGUCACAUUGUGGUAUCGUGCGCCCGAAGUACUGCUCGGAUCACAGCGAUACUCCUGCCCCGUUGAUGUCUGGUCGCUUGGAUGUAUUUUCGCUGAAAUGGUCACGCGUAAACCACUGUUCCAAGGAGACUCCGAAAUCGAUCAAUUGUUUCGAAUGUUCAGAAUUCUGAAAACUCCCACCGAAGACAUUUGGCCAGGUGUGACCGAACUGCAGGACUACAAAACCAAUUUCCCCUGCUGGAACCAAGUCCAAUUAGAGAAACAGGUCAAAGGAAUGAGUGCAGUGGGCCUAGACUUAUUAGCCCAGACACUGGUUUAUGAUCCGAUAAAACGUAUAUCUGCAAAGAGGAUGCUCGAACACGAAUAUUUUAACGGUUUCGAUACACAUUUGCUGGUCCCGUCACACUGACACAAUUUUUAUUCGAAUAAGUUUCUGUCUUGUAAUUCAUCUGUAAUUUUGCUGUUCUAAUUAAAUGAAUUUAUUCCCGGA